GGAAGUGUGAACAGGGAGCAGGUUACCUGGUUCACAAUCUACCAGCCAUCGAGAGGGCAACUGGAAGGUCAGCUGUAGACUUUCCGUUUCUCAACGUGACCCCUUCCUCCACAAGAAAAGAAACAAACACUUGAAACGAAAACGAGAUUUGUUUGGUUGGAGCAGGAUCUUCUCCACAGGAAUUGGCAGCAGGGAAAAGGAAGAAAGUAGUGCUUGAAGGAUUUACUGGACGGACAAAGCAUUGUCCUUCAUUUUGGCACUUCUGUAGAAACAAGGAAUCAUGAUUUCCUGGCUGCUCCUGUGCUCUUUGCUGUCGAAAUCCUCUGCCAGCCUCCUGGAAGAUGAUACGGAACUGAAGAAGGGGAGGAACAGGAAGAGGUCCAAUUCGUCCAUCCCCAUUCACUUGUCUCCCGGCCAAGAGAGAAGCAUGGAAAUAGACAAUUCAGUUCAUAGCACAAACAAUGUUAGCACGGUGGCAUCCAAGGUCCCCAUCUCGGAGUCCACUAUACUGGAUGAUCAGCUGAAUCAUGUGGUUGGGAAAGGUCAGAAUGGCAUCCAGAGUCAACAUGAACCAUUGGACAGCGAUGUUGCAAAGGAGAUCAGGUACCUCGACGAGGUUUUGGAAGCCAACUGCUGCGACUCCGUUCUGGAAAAUGGAUCCAAUGUGCCAGCUUCUCCUGAGCCGACCGCAGUUAUUGCAGAUGGGCAACGUCCACCCAUUUCCACGAGGCUUGACACUCCAGUCUCGCCCGACAAUGCCGUUGUAACCAUCGCGAGACCGGGUUCCCCUCUCAUGCAGCAGCAGGAAAUUGGUGGCGUGAAGACAGGCGAGAUCAAUUUGAACGGCCAUUCCAUGGGGAGCACCGUGACAGAACCACUUGCCGAUCAGAAGAGUGUGGGAAGGGAGCAGCAGCAGGAGGUGGUGUCACCUUGCAGGAAGUCCUUAAAGGAUAACGAAGCAACCAUCAUCCCUCUGAAGAAAGAGGCCAAGUUUGAGCUCCGGGCCUAUCAUGAAGACAAGAAACCCGCCAAGCUUUUUGUGGAUGAUGACAAAAAUGAAUCCUACAGGAUUAAGAAGACCCGAGCUUCUGGUGAAAUAGCUGAACUUGAAAAGGCAAGACUAGAAGUUAUUAAAAGCCAGGUGGUCAAGAAAAAUCCCAGUAUUGCAGAGAAAUGGAAGCCACCACAAGAGAAGUCCAUUGAGGAGCAGUUGGACCCAGAUAAGCUGGAAUCGCACAAAAAAUAUGCGGAACGCAAACAGAAGAAACAGAGCGGGGGCCUCUCCCCAGUUUCUCCAAGGCAGAAAGCCCACAUGUUUGUAACACCCGACCCCAUCAUUAUAAACAGGGAAGAUGUUGUCACAGAGCAGAUAGAUUUUUCCGCAGCGAGGCAGCAGUUUUUAAAGAUGGAGACCAAGUCAGAAGCCUCAGCUCAACAUGGCCAAAAGAGGCCUAUUGCCACCAAAGGGGUCUCCUUAAGGCCAGGGACAAGGACGGCAGACACAACAGUGAAAGGCAGCGGUGCGGCUGUGGUCAGGGUGACUGCGCCGGCCGAAGCUCUUGGGCAGACAGUGCAAAUCGGGGCCAGUGAGGUGUCUGUCGGGAAAGCGUCCGAACUGAGCAUGAAGGCUCCUGAAGGGGAGCGGGGAGCUGCAAUCCAGAGGACUACACCAACACCGCAAGAUAAUCAGCAGCAGGAGGAAGUGAUUAGUGUGGCACCCCUUCGACAGGCCUCCCCUGACCAAUUUAUCAGCAACGCCACAAAACACCAGAUGGUCAGCAAGGUCUUUGUGGAUGAUGAAGGGUUUACCCAGGUCCGGGCUGUUUUGACAAUGCUCAAUGAAGAUGGCGACAGCGAUGUUUCAGACCAGUAUUUAAAAUGUGUCGGUCUCCCUGCAACUGCAGAAGAGCUGGAUUCUGGCUUGGACGAGCUGUCCCUACGAUCACAGGACACCACUGUGAUGGAGACUCUCUCCAACGACUUCAGUAUUGAUAAUGUGAGUGACAGUGGUGCCUCCAAUGAGACCAUGAACGUUUCCUUGGACUAUUCACUGGGUGGAUCUCAGGAGUUCUCCCAUCCACAGACACCCCAGGCAACAACACCCAUUGACAGAGAAAGCUCUCUCAAGGGGGAGUUAACCUCGAGCCCGCUCAGUGAUGGUGAGCCAGACCAGUAUCGGGGGCCAUUGGACGCAGACCGAGAGCUGCAGUACCGAGCAGAGAUGUUGGUGCAGAAUGCCAUUCAGCUGGCAUUGGCACAACAGAGCCACUUGGGUGGGGCAGGAGCAGGCGAAGGUCACCUGACAGCGCCACCACAGCCCACGGGGGUGUUGGGUGAGCCAGUGCCCGUCGACCCUUCAGGGGAUGCCCUUUCGAAAUCGUGGACAGCAAAGUCUGAGCCAUCACAGGCCCCAGCGCCAUUAGCACAGGAGCGGAGGCCCUCGCUGCCGAGGAGUCCAGCGGGGUCUGUAAAGUGUAGCACUGUGGACGUCCCCCAGGCCAGCUCGCCACCUUCCCUGUACAAGCCCGAGUUCAGCCCCUUCAGUGACAGUGCCAGUUACCUGGAACCAACAGACUACUCGCGAGACAAUGUCUUUGUCAGCCAUUCUCAGGAGCCUGAGGUCAUCGCUCAAACCGGGCCUUUUAAGCUGCGCACCCGCAGACAGAAGACUCUGUCGAUGAUCGAGCAGGAGAUCCGGGCAGCCCAAGAUCGGGAGGAGGAACUGCGGCGCCAGAGGGAGGCCCUCAGGACUGUUCAAAGACCCACCAGAGCCAAACAGCCCACGCUACCCCAGGCCUGUUCCUUCAGAACAACAGCUCCCGGGAAAAUUGAGAAGUCUGGUCCAAUGUCACCCUCAACUGAGAGCCCAAUACCACCUCCGCAGCCGGAAUGCACACCUACAGAACAGGAGCCUUCUGGACCAGGUCGUUCUCGGGGCCUGAUGGAGACGUUGCUAGAAGACUUUGAGACGCAGAAGGUUAAACGGAGGGAGAGGCGGGACGAACCUAAUGUGCUUGAAGCUACCAGGGUGACCCGUCGAAAGAGUGCUAUGGCUCUGCGCUGGGAGGCUGGUAUAUACGCCAACCAUGAAGAGCAGCAGUAGUCCUUUACAUCAUCACACAAGGGAAAAGGAUCAAGAAUAACUUGUAUUCGUUUUAUUGUUAUUGUUGCUGAAGGACCGAUACAGUGCAGCACAUUUAUUCAUUUCCAAAGCCACAUGCUCUGCUGAAAGAUAUAGUGGUUACAUUUCCAAAGAGAAUGAAAUGAACUUGGAGCCACUGAGGUUUCAGAUUCAACCCAGAUACUGCAAAAGGAAGGAUUCCCUGACAGUGACUGCAAAAUGUGAAGAGCCAAUUGCUUGUAUAUGUAUAAAUACAGUUAGUAUCCCUGAAUCUUUUUCUGCACAGGCUGUGUUUGAUUCACAGUUAAACAGGCUUCCAGUGCUGUUAGCCUCAUGUAUAUAGUCAUAGUCAAUCAUUUUGGUGUAUGCUUUUAUUUGUUCUUGGGUUGCAAGGCUUCUGGCAAGGGCAGCAUUUAUUGCCCAUUCCCGUUGUCCUUGAGGAAGGGUAGUGAACUGCCUUCUUGAACCACUGCAGUCCAAGUGAUGUAAGUACGCCCUAAGUGCUCAUUUGUCAUGUAAUGGUUUGCUAUGUGAUUUCAGAGGGUGAUUAAGACUUUAUCACAUUGCUGUGGACCUGGAGUCUUUUAGAGGUGACACCAAGUAACAAUGGCAGAGUUUCUCCCCUGAAGGAUAUUAGUGAACCAGGAGAGCUUUUCUGACAAUCUGGUUGUUUCAUGAUCAAUGUUAAUGAGACUGUCAAAUCUUUUUAAAUGAUUUAAUUGAAUUUAAAUUUGCAGCUACUGUGCUAUGGUUGAAACUCUUGGCUCUAUAUCAUUUGUCCACACAUCCAGGUGAUUAGACCUAGUACUAUUACCACUGUGCUAUCAUAUCCCAUAUUUAUAUUUUAUGUUCCCUUUUAAUUAAAGCUAUUAUCUUUCUUACCUGUCUGGUGGAAAUGUGGCUUAAUGCAGUCUGCAAGUUUAGCAAGGAGUUUUGUCGAAAGCAAUAAAUUUCACAAAGGUGCUCAGCAGGAUGCUGUGGAGAAUCAGGCUGAAUGAAUUUAUUAUUUUCUCAGCCUAAGCUUGGAAUUUUAUCAUUGACACAUCAUCUAAACUUUGGCAGCAGCAGAGACACAGCCGUCAUUUUGUAUGCUAACUGCACAAGUAAUAGACCAAGAACUUUGCUCUUUUGUUUUAAUUUAUUGAAGUGGAGCUAGUGACGUGACAUAGGAGUAAAGCAACAUUGGACAUUUGGGUUCAUCACUCCAGUGGAAGAAAAGGAUUUGUAGAGAGUGUUUCCUUGAUGGUAGAUGUGGAUUUAUCACAAGAAAGAAAUCCUAUUUCUUUUGGCAACCUGCAUCUAAAAUACCUGAAUCAUGUCAUAAUAUUGACACUGACCCUCUAUUUUUCUAAGGAUACUAUUGGUUAAAGCAUCAAGGUUGUGAGGCCCAGCUUCUCAGUUUGUUUACCAGCAUUCCAUGGAAGAGGCGCACUGAGAAACAGCAGUAAACAGGAGUGUAGGAUCAAACUGACCUGCACAAUGGACACACAUGGACAUGGUUAGUCACAAAAUCCCUGGGGCUUCUGCAGAAACUGUGUUACGUAUAAAAAUACAGCUUUACAGGGCAAUAGGAAGCACAGAGCAAAAGCAUAAGGUUUUAAUAAAAGCUAAGAGGACAGAAUGGCCUAUCAUGGUAAUUGUAUGAUCCUGUUUUCAUCGGGUAAUCAUUUGAGACUUGCAGAAAAUAUUUAAUGUUUAUUCUUGUGCUUUUGCAUCUUCUAAACAUGACCAGGGGCUGUCAAUUUUACUCGAAUGCAGUGUUUUUUUUUGUUUUUAAUAAAUUUACAAGACUAUUAAACUCCCUUUAGGAGCAAUUUGUACUACAAACAGUGUUAGAAUGACAUUGUGCCAGUGCUGUGACUUCAUGCUAUUGUGGUUCCCAGUCUUUUCAGUACCUCAUGUGCACGUGUUACAAGUGUAGAUAGGACAAAGGCCGCAGGACAAUAAAGGUGUAUACUUUAUUACAAACCCCAGCAACAUCUAAAGUUGCUGAAUCCCCUCAUUGCAGCAGAGUAAUGAGAUCGCAUCAAUUGUAUCUUGCAAUACUUUAUUCUGAUUUUGAUUUUAUUCCUUUAUUUGUGUGUGACAUGCAAUUUGUUCUAUGAGAAAUGAUUCAAAACUGAUCCAACAAGCCAGCAAACUUGACAGAAAAUGCAUAGUUACCAGAAUGAGUGAGGAGUUGAUCUUUCAAACAAAGGGAGGUACUAACCUGUAUUUUAUAUUCAUAUAUAAAUAUAUAUCAAUAGAUGUGAAAUAUUGCACAUUGAGAUUCUACUCAUGAGCCUGUGAGUUUACACAAGUAGCUACUUUUUCAGUGAUGUUUUUCUCUUUAUCAUAACAUUUUAGGUUGUUUUUAUCACAGACCUGUAUAUAUAGGUUUAUUUGCUAUUCCAAAGGCUGUUGUCCAACACCAGUAAUACUAACAGAUUGACCUGAUGAUUAACUUAUUGUUCCACUCUAAGCAACCCAAAGUUCUUGGUACCAUAUGCUCAGGAAGCCAUUACGAAAUCCCUGUUUUCCAAUGUUCUUGCAGUUUGCAAUGAAUGGAGAUGUAUCCGGGAGAUGGGUUUCUUUUUGCUGAAUUGUACUUAGCUUCUUGUUAGAGUUGUCAGUUCUAGUCAGCCAUAUUCCUGGAAGCUUUAUCGCAGCACCACCUGCCAAUUGCCCCACUAUGGCAUUCCUGCCAUUGGUCAACAGGCAGGCCCACAGCCACAGCAUCUUUCCUUGCCACAGCCAAUUGGGAAGCAAAAAGACUCUUCAUGACCUGAAUGGAUGAUUCUUGACUGUCAGCCAAAUGGCCUUCCUUUCACUCUAUCUUCAAUAUUCUUGUAAUGAGCCAAAUGUACAAAAAAAUUAUUUUAUUGGCCAUCCAGUUUUUCUCCUGAGUACUGUUCACAGCCAUGUCAUAGAGAUUAAUUUUCAAUUCCUGGAGUAUACAGAAUAAUCCAGAGGCCUGGCAACACCUGUCAUUGCCUUGUGCUCUCCACAUGUGUUUAUUUCUUCAUUCAGGAAGCCCUACAAUCUAAAGAAUAGAAAAAGACAUUUUAAAAGGUUGAAAUUAAAUUGUAUAAGGUGCUCUACCUUGUCUGAGAGUUGAGAUAGGGAAAAUUCACCAGUCCGUUUGUAAUCAUCGGGUAAUUUAACAUUUAUUUUAAUGGUAGUUCAUUCCCAUGUUUUGCCCCGAAUACUCAGAAACAUAUGGACACCAUUACACGGGAAAGGGUUGAUGGAGUCAGUUAAUGGUUUUCCUCUGUGAGCAUUUCCAUCUCACCAUCUUCUUUACAGAAGCCUUUUUGCUUCACUAAAACAUAUUGGAUUUUCAGAUGACCUUUAUUUCCAUUCUUUCAUGAGAUGUAGGUAUCACUAACCAGGCCAGCAUUUAAUGCCAAUCUCUAAUUGCCCUUGAGAAAGUAGUAGUGAGCUGCUUUCUUGAACCACUAAUCUAUAUGCAGUAGGUAGUCCCACAAUGCUGUUAAUGAGGGGAUUCCAGGAUUUUAACCCAGGAACUGUGCUAUAAUUCCUAGUAAGGAUGGUAUUGCCACGCAGUCACUGUUUUUGUCCUUCAUCUCCUUGAAGAAAGCAGACAGCUAAAAUAUUAUUAUAUGGAAUCCUAAGCAGGAUGCAUAAGCAGUGUCUCUUCACACAAUAAUUUUUGCCAUAGCAGAAGCACUUAGAAUUGUGUCUUUUGAUUGAUUUUUAUUAUACCUCUAUGAAAAGUUUUCUCCAUUCAAACUAAGUGCACAUCAUGAAAGAUAUUGAGCUUGGUUCUGCAAAUCACUCAAUUGCUAUCUUUGGGGAGAUGAUCAAACAGGGGUGUCUUUACAGUAAAGAACACUGUAAUCCUGGAAUUAGUUACAAGAGUAAUAACCCAUCACUUCAGAUAGUGCAACAUAUGAUAGAAUCUGUGGGAAUGCUGACCUGUUCCAACUUAAUUAAGAUGACAGAAAGGGAAGGGAAUCUCAAAUGAUUCCGUUAGGAUUUCUUGGCUCUUAAAGGCUAAAAUGUGCACAGAAAGGUCACUACUUCUCAAUAGUAAACGCUGUUUUUCCCUAAACAUUACUAGUGCAUAUUCUUAUCAUUAUUAGUUGAAAAAUAACCUGCAUGAUGUCUGUAAGGCUGUAAAGCACAGAUGCUGUAGUUUUCUUCACCAAGUUGAUAAUGUUUGCCUCCCUGUCAGUGUGCGAACAUGGAACAUUCCGGUGAGGUUUCCAGUUGUCAUGACCUGAUUAUUUUGUACUGUGUCUGCACUACAUAACUUGUGCCACUUUAAGAUAUAGAGCAGAAGAAAGAGGAAAUAAUGUGGGUCAUUUUCAACUUAUUUUGACAUUCUGUUGAUUUCAGCAGAGAGAUAUUUCCAUUUCAAGUCAUUUUUAAGUCUGUAGCAUGGAAGGCCACUAAACCCAGUUACUUGCUCCAAACAAUUUUCCUCCCUACCCUCACCAUCUACCUUAGUGUUUUAGUCCUCCCACCUUCAUCUACUUACCUAUUUUCCCAUCAAUACAUCUGUGCUCUUUGCAUCAACAUUUUAAAGUUUAUUUCUAUUUCCAAAUUUGUGAAUUGAGUUUAAAUUUGACUAGCUGCUACAGUGCAGUUUGAACAUAUGUCCCCAGAGUAUUAACCUCCAGAUUGCUAGUCUUGAGACAUGACUACUACACCACUGUAAUCCCACAGAGCUAACUUGUAUUAGCAAGUUGCAUACUCUGGGUAACAACAUUCUGCCAAUUAUUUGAAUGUCCAGCCUCCAGUUUUGCAAUGGAAACAUUUUGUCAUCUUUAAAUCUCCAUGCAAUGUGCACACUCGGGGAUUCUGCAUAUUACUAUGAUGUGGAGAUGCCAGCGUUAGAUUUGAUUACAGUGUAGAAACAGGCCCUUCGGCCCAACAAGUCCUCACUGACCCGCCGAAGCGCAACCCACCCAGACCUAUUCCAGACCUAACACUACGGACAAUUUUGCAUGGCCAAUUCACCUAACCUGCACAUUUUUGGAGUGUGGGAGGAAACCAGAGCACCCUUAGGAAACUCACGCAGACACAGGGAGAAUGUGCAAACUCCUUACAGAGAGUCACCUGAGGCGGGAAUUGAACCCGGGUCUCGGGCGCUGUGAGGCUGCAGUGCUAGCCACCGUGCCGCCCAGUUGGACUGGGGUGGACAAGGUCAAAAAUCAAACAGCACCGGGUUAUAGUCCAAUAGGUUUAUUUGAAAUUGCAAUCUUUCAGAGUUCAGCUCCUUCUUCAGGUGUGGUAUAAAGUCUGGUACCAUGCUGGAGGGAGAAGGUGAGGUCUAACAGCUUGCAAUUUCUAAUAAAUCUGAUGGCAUAUUACCGUGGAUGCAGGAUAGUGGGCACUUUUAAUUUGAAAGUCUUGCUUUCUUCCAAAAUCUUGCCCAUCUUUGAAGAAGAUCAGGCUUUCAGCUUGCACAGUGCUGACGUUCUUGGUUCAGGUUUAAGGAAAUUGAUCAACAAGGAACAGAUCAAUCCUGGUUCUACAUGAGUUCCUCCAGGUCCACCAGUGCUAGCUGAUGCUAAGUUGGAAUUGAUGACUUGCCUUGUUUCUGAACCAUGUUUCUGCUUUACAGAUUUACUUCAUAUUUACAGCACAGAAACUUGGCUUGUGUGCCCCAUAUCAGCCUAACCUCAUCUAAACCCAGCAGCAUAUUCUUUUCUGACUGAAUAUUCCUCUAUCCUCUAAUUCUCUGAAAGCCAGCGGAUAUUGCACAGUUGGUGCAAACACUAUUACCCUGAAUAAAAAUUGUGUUGCUGUUGUGUGAAAUAGGGUCCAGACCAUGUGAUAUGGGUAAACUAUGCACGUUAAAAUGAGGACAAAGCCAGUGCAGAAUGUGUGAUAUAAAAUAGGUAAUAUAUGAUAAUGUGGAUACAAGUUAAUGUAGUUGAUGUAAUAGUGCAAGAGGUGAUAUGAAUUGGACACAUUAAAAAAAGUAAGAUGCAUAGAGUAGGACAUGUAAUAACAUAACAUUACAGUAUAUAGAUCCACACAUUAUUGAAAAUGCCAUAAGGUUUGGGUCCAUGUGAAGCAAACAGUGUGUCAUGAAAAGUAAAUGCAUUACAAGUUUGUGGUUUAUUCGGUAACAUCAAUUAUGUUGCAGGGUGCAUCAAAGUGUCAUAAAAUGGAAAGUUUACCUGAUAGUGUAGGAUAUAUGUGACAGUGUAGGGCACAUGUGAUAGUAUAGAGUAUAGUUGAUGAAGCAGGGUGUGUUAUCAGAUGUGGUACUGACCAUUGAAACAGAAUCAGUCUUCAGUCAGUCAGCCAGUCAGGUAAAGGAUGCUGGUUAGUCAUAGUUGCCCAAAGGUUCAGAACAGAGUCAUUAAUAUAACUGGUGCAACAGAAUAGUGUGGGUGGUUCUGAUUUUUUUCGUUGUUGGUAACGCCAAAGUAUUGAACCUUUAUUUUCUUGAUCUGAUGUUCUGAACUUUUAUUAUGUAGUUAUCCAAACAAUGCCUAAACUUUAUGGAAUUAUAAAUAUAUUUUAAAGUGAAUAUUGGCUCAGUAUUUUUGUAAGAAGAGCUCCAAUGGAGUAUGUAUAUCACUAUGCAGGACUAAGUUGCAAUAAAACCUGGCUUUGCUUAA